AUGGGUGACUACCCUGCGGUACUCAAGGCUUGGUCCACAAAAAAUGGCGAGCUUAACAAUGCAGGGUCAUUAAUGUCAACGCACAAUGAGGAAGAUCGACAUAUAUCAGUCGGAUAUGCUAGAAUCCCAACUGAUGUUGUUGAUUGGGUCGUGGUAUUAGGCCAGGCUUAUGGUGAAGUUGUGUACCCUAUCAACAAGCUCCGCAACACGUUCCUCAUCUGCAUCUUCAGCGUUGUGGGUGCCAUAAUCCUCAUCUGUUUUCCUCUUGCUCAUUAUGCUGUCAAGCCGAUUCGAGCACUUAAGAGUGCGACGGAGAAUUCUAUUACCACAUACGAGACAUACGUUCCUUCAGAGAAGUCCGAGACGGAUACUCAAAAUAGCACGCUCGAUGGCGCACUGCUGAAAGAAAAAGACUUUUCUUCGGGUGUGCGCAAGAAGGGAUGCAAGACUAAAUCUCGUCCACGACAGAUUCGAUCAUUUCAGAUUCCGCAGAAAGUGGCAGCUAGACGACAUAUCAUCAACGAUGAACUUACCGACCUUACAUCUACCUUCAAUGAUAUGGCUGAUGAACUGUCCAUCCAAUACACCAAGCUUGAAGAGCGUGUGAAGACGAGAACAGCUGAGCUUGAACAGAGUCGAAAUGCUGCGCGGUCUGCCAACGAGGCAAAGACGCUGUUCAUCGCCAACGUGUCUCACGAACUCCGUACUCCGCUGAAUGGUAUCAUUGGCAUGUGUGCUGUGGCGAUGCAGGAGAAGGACGUCAAGCGAGUACGACAGUCUCUGAAGAUCAUUUACAAAUCUUCCGACCUCCUCCUGCACCUACUCAAUGACCUGUUGACAUUUAGUCGAAGUUCAUAUGGGCAGCGACUUGCCAUAGAAGAAGGCACCUUCCGCCUCGUGGACAUAGGUUCACAAAUUGUGUCGAUUUUCGAGAAACAGGCUCGCGAUGCUAAUAUUUCUCUGAGGGUGGUGUUCAUUGGCAUAGACUCGCCCCAAUCGCGAAAUCCCGACGACGACCCUCCUCUGGAGGAUGCUAUUGUGGCGCGGCAGAACUUGAGCGACAACCUACCAAGAGUCAAUACCAAUGUCCUUGCAACGGGCCCCGCAGACACCGGCCCGCUUCGUGAGAUCGGACUUAAGGGCGAUAAGAAUCGGAUUCUGCAAAUCUUGAUGAACCUUGUCAGCAAUUCUCUCAAAUUCACACCAGCCAGAGGUACAGUUGAGGUUCGGAUUUUAUAUCGAAGGCUAGUGCAUGCUAGUGCCAUGCCUGAAGUCUCGUAUUCAAAUCGACCUGACUCUCAUACGGAAGGCCGCAAAAUGAGGGAAGCUGUCAAUGGGGCAGGACCUCAUGAAUCAUCACAGAUUGGUCUAGUAUUUGAUUUCGAAGUCGAAGACACUGGACCAGGCAUCCCUGAGCAUCUGCAGCAAGAGAUAUUCAAGCCUUUCGUCCAAGGUGAUCUGGCUCUGAGUCGAAAACAUGGUGGGACAGGGCUUGGUUUAGCCAUAUGCUCUCAAUUGGCAGAGAUGAUGGGUGGUUCCAUCGUGGUGAAGAGCACUGUUGAUAUUGGGAGCACAUUUACACUAUCAAUACCUCUUCGCUACACCAAAGAGUCUGUGCCAUCGAUAUCUGGCUCACUUGCUCAGCCGCCCUCGACCAAAGCCGCAAGCGUAGCAAGCAGCGUUCAAUUUGACACAUUUAGCAGUCGAUCACGACAUCCUCGUGAUGUACGCUCCACACGCUCAGAGAAAGCGUCCGUUUAUUCUCAGGAUAGAGAUUCAGCCCUUGAUGCACCAAGACUCGUUGGUUUCUCACAGCCUUACCUUUACAGAAGAGGAAACGGAUCGCCUCUGGUACCCAUUCAAUCCGUCGCAUCACCACUAGAGACGAUGGACGGGCCUAAUUUCGGGGCAAGUGCACCAGCACUGGACAGUCCACAGGAGGCGAAGGAGCCUCGCUCAAGUCCUCGCCCUCUUAUGUCGCAGAAGCCAAGUUACUCCAGAGUUCUCGUCGCAGAAGACAACAGUGUCAAUCAGCAAGUUAUCCUUCGGUUGCUCGAACUUGAAAAGGUCAACAACGUGACGAUUGCCGAGAAUGGUGAGGACGCUUUGAACAGAGUUCGCAAUACACUUUCACCAACAGCAGACGAUGGCGGUGACACGCAACCUUUUUCGCUGAUAUUUAUGGACAUUCAAAUGCCCAAGAUGGACGGCAUUGAAUCCACGCGGCAGAUUAGAGACCUCGGGUUCAAAUCACCGAUAGUGGCACUGACGGCUUUUGACCACGAAACCAAUCGAGAUGCGUGCUUCGAAGCGGGUAUGAACGUGGUCAUUGGACUACAAAGAGUGGAAUCACUGUAG